AUGGUGUUGGGAGGGUCUGGCCACCGUCCUAGCAGGGGGCAGGGCCAGCUGAGAGGGAGACAGCCCCACACAGCCCUGCUGCUGGAGCGCUCCUCCCUCCACCCGGCAGACAGCAUCACCUCCCAGGGGGCCAGGCUCUGCAUCGCCCUGUGCCUGGGGGGCACCGUGGCCCAGAAUCAUGGCGUACAAGCUGUUCCCGCCCCUGCAGGUACCACUGAGGACUGCAACAACCAUGUGCUAUGCCCAGCAAACGCCAAGUGUGUGAACAACACCCACUGCACCUGCCUGGAUGGAUAUGGGUCAAAAGAGAAUCACCCCGUCUUCUUCACCGACCCAACGGAGCUCUGUGACGAUAUUAAAGAGUGUCUGGGGCCGAGCAAGCCAGACUGCGGACGCCACGCAAACUGCAACAACGUGGCUGGGAGUUACUCCUGCAGCUGCAUUGAUGGCUACGAGCCCAGCUCUGGGAAAGCCAACUUCACGCACGCGAGUGAGAACACCUGCCAGGACAUCGACGAGUGCCGCAAGACCCCAGAUAUCUGCGGCCCCAAGGCCACGUGUAUCAACACCUACGGAAGCUACUGGUGUAAGUGCCGGGCCGGCUACGUCCCCUCCAACAGGAACACGACCCUGUGCCAAGUCCCCAGCAUUAACUCCAGCGCUGAGUUCGAGGGAAUCAAAGAGACGUGCAGGAAUUUCUCUCUGCGGGGAAAGUGGAGCAGCAGAAGCAGCAGUUUUUGCUCUUUCUUUAAUUCGACAUUAGACAUUUUGAUGUCCGUGUACGGAGACGGGAGUGCGGCGUUAUCACUGGAGAACGUGACUCUCCGUUUCAACGCCCUCCUGAACAGCACCUCCCUCUGGGACGGCGGAGACAAGGGGGACGUGGGGUCGGCCGUGACGGUCCUGCUGCAGAGCGUGGAACUGGCCGCGCUGGCCACUGCGCUCCGGUCUCCGGAGAGGACAACACAGAAUGUGACGACAGAGUUGAUGGCUAUCCAGACGCGGCUCGUCACAGGGAACUGCAGCCGGGACAGCGAGGUCUUCACGCUGAGAGCUCACGAGGAGACGAUGGACGUGCACUGUGAUACAGUCACCGGGGCAGCCACACAAGCAGGUUUGGGGGCUGCUGCUUUUAUUUCCUACUCCAACCUGGACUCCAUCAUCAGUGCGAGACGUCUCAGCGAGGGAAAUCUACCGGCUGGUGGGAAGCUGGAGAAGAGUCAUCUCAACUCCAGGGUGGUGAGUGGGGCCGUCGGAGACGGGAGACCCAUUCAUCUCUCCAGACCCGCAAACUUCACCCUGCACCACAGACAGGCCAAAAAAGAGGAGGAAGAGGCACGCUGUGUCUACUGGAAAGUAGUGGCCGAGAGCGGCAGCUGGUCUCCGGACGGCUGCACCACCGUGCACACGAACAGCACUCACACCACCUGCAGCUGUGACCAUCUCUCCAGCUUCGCUGUCCUAAUGGCUCCCACCACAGUGACGGAGAGUUACCCACUGACCAUCAUCACCUACGUGGGACUGACCCUCUCCCUGCUGUGCCUCUUCCUCGCCAUCCUCACCUUCCUCCUGUGCCGCUCCAUCCGCAACGUCAGCACCUCCCUCCACCUGCAGCUCUGCCUCUGCCUCUUCCUGGCCGACCUGCUCUUCCUCACCCCGGUGACACGCACCGGCAGUCGGGUGGCGUGUGCUGUCAUUGCUGGGCUCCUACACUAUCUCUUCCUGGCCUGCUUCACCUGGAUGUUCCUGGAGGGGCUGCACCUCUUCCUCACCGUCAGGAACCUGAAGGUCGUGAAUUACCCCAGCGCCAGCCGGUUCAAGAAGAGAUUCAUGUACCCGUUCGGCUACGGCUUCCCAGCCCUGGUGGUGGCGAUUUCUGCAGCGGUGAAUCCUGACGGCUACGGAACUUCCACACACUGCUGGCUCAGCCUGGAGAGCGGCUUUCAUUGGAGCUUCGUGGGUCCAGUCUGUGCCAUAAUCCUGAUAAAUAUAACGUUCUUUGCCCUGACCCUGUGGAUCCUGAGAAACAGACUCUCCUCCCUCAAUGCAGAUGUGUCCACCCUCAGAGACCACAGGUUACUGACCUUUAAAGCCAUCGCCCAGCUCUUCAUUCUGGGCUGCACAUGGAGCCUUGGUCUCCUCCAAGUCGGCCCAGCAGCCACGGUCAUGGCGUAUUUAUUCACCAUCAUCAACAGCCUGCAGGGAGCCUUCAUCUUCCUGGUGCACUGUCUCCUCAAUCGCCAGGUGAGAGAGGAGUACAGGAGAUGGAUCAAGGGAUUCCAAACGUCCAGCACAAAAUCUCAGUCUUAUGAUCUAUCCAUGUCUGCUGUCCCCACCACCAGCACCAAGACGGCGGAGUCGGCAUCAACCAGAGCCGGGUUCAAUACCUAG